GAAUAAAAUCCCAGCGUUGAGUGACGCAGGAGAGCAGUGGACGCUCGGAGCCGCGCUGAUGUGCAACAACUAUAAGAGACCGAGAGUCAGGCGUCCCCGGUCUUAACAGAGCACCACCUUCAGCCAGCAGAUGAGCGUCUGAAAUGCCUUUGCUCGCGCUGAUGUAUUCGGUUACAACAUCCGUAACUUUACUGUGUUCUCUACGCUUAAACGAGAUCAUCUGUCCGGAGUCGAUAUUACUGCUCCAGUAACGGAUCGAUCCGAGCUUCUCGUUCACAUUUUACGGCAUGACAUGUAGAUAAUCAUCCGGUACUUUGAUGGGGCUCCUGAGGAUCAUGAUGCCACCCAAGUUCCAGCUGCUGGCUGUUAUGGCGUUUGGAGUGGCGAUGCUGUUUAUCGAGAACCAGAUUCAGAAGCUGGAAGAGUCUCGGGCAAAGCUGGAGCGCACCAUGGCCAGACACGAGGUGCGAGAGGUGGAACAGAGGCAGACGCGGGACGGCCUGCGGGAGUCUCCGGCGUUGCCUGAGAUCGAAGAUCUGAUCAUCAUCUACAACCGUGUGCCCAAGACUGCCAGCACCUCCUUCACCAACAUUGCAUACGACCUGUGCGGAAAGAACCACUUCCACGUUCUCCACAUCAACACCACCAAGAAUAAUCCAGUCAUGUCUCUGCAGGACCAGAUGAGGUUUGUAAGGAAUGUGACAUCCUGGCGAGAAAUGAAACCGGGUUUCUACCACGGCCACGUCUCCUAUCUGGACUUCACAAAGUUUGGAAUCAAGGGGAAGCCGGUAUACAUCAACAUCGUACGGGACCCCAUCGAGAGGUUGGUGUCUUACUACUAUUUUCUCAGAUUUGGAGAUGAUUAUCGGCCAGGCCUCAGACGGAGAAAACAGGGGGACAAAAAGACCUUUGACGAGUGCGUGUCAUCUGGAGGUUCCGACUGCGCUCCCGAGAAGCUUUGGUUACAGAUCCCGUUCUUCUGUGGCCAUUACUCUGAGUGCUGGAAUGUUGGCAGUAGAUGGGCUCUCGAACAGGCCAAGUAUAAUUUGGUGAAUGAGUAUCUGCUCGUGGGAGUGACUGAGGAGCUGGAGGAUUUCAUCAUGAUGCUCGAGGCAGCGCUGCCACGAUUCUUCAGAGGAGCCACCGAGCUCUACCGCACAGGUAAGAAGUCUCACCUGAGAAAAACCAGCGAGAAGAAACCUCCCACUAAAGAGUCCAUCUCAAAGCUGCAGCAGUCCAAUAUAUGGAAGAUGGAGAACGAGUUCUACGAGUUUGCGCUGGAACAAUUUCAGUUUGUGCGCGCUCACAGCGUCAGGGAAAAAGACGGAGAGCUUUACCUGCUGGCUCAGAACUUCUUUUAUGAGAAAAUCUAUCCAAAAGUAAACUAGAAUUGACAUCAGCAUGGUCCAAGCGUCUUUUGGCCUGUUCAUGUACUGUUCUGUCACAUUUACUGGGAAGAGAAGAAAAGGACUUACAACAAUGUGGACACAAAUACCUGGAAGUCCUUGACUAGAAGGGGUCAGAGGAUUCAAAGUGGGUUGUUUUUUUGUGUUUUUUUUGAGAGACCUCACACAGUCCUGACUGUGACGCUCAGUAUCCAGCCACUUUAAGCCCAGUAUCUUUUUAUGGACUUGAAAACAACAUCACAUUUUCACCUGAUUCAUCAUGCCUUCCAGAAGAAAAUGACAGAAGCUCUUUGGCCAUCAGUCACUGUUGUGGAAAAAAAAAAAUCAAUUUUGAACAGGGUCAAAAGGGUACUGCUUUUUGUACCAGACGUUUGGUACAUUGGAGCACCUCCUUAUUUUACUACUAACUGUGGUUUUGUGAAUUCUUAACACUUUCUCGCAUUGUGUAUAUUCAUUUUUAAUAGAAUGCCAUGAACAGUGUUUACAGACUUUAGUAAAGGCAUUGUAGCCAGAGUUUAGAGAAUGUGGUAAAACAGAUUUCAUAUCUGUAAAAAAUUUUAUUUACAUGUAUAUUUUAUGUAAUUGGACCAAAUGGUUGUAAGAAAUUCAAAGUUGUAGAGUUUAAAACUAGUUAUUUAGAACAUAGACAUCUUUUGGGGACCCCACUGGUGCUUGCUUUAUUUUCUUUUCUAUUUCGACUUUUUUUUUUUUUCUCAUUGCAUCUCUUGAAGACUCCAAAAUAAUGAAACUCAACAGCUGAAUGAAAGUGAAUGAAUAAGAAACAGAAACUGACCUCCAAGACGAACUUUUGUUGUUUCGUUGUUCCAGAGACUGUUUUGGACAGGUACAAGACUACCUUUGCUUGCUUCCGUGCGAAGCCUUUUUCAUCCAGAACAGGUUUCCUGAACGAUUAAAGUAUCAUCUCGUAGUGUGGUACUGGUUUAAGGGUAGCUUGGUCUAAACGGGCUACCAUCCUCUCACAAGUCGCAAUAUUGCAUUUUACCUGAAGAUAAGAAAGAAAGGCCCAAACCAACAUUAGUUGUACACUCAAUAGUGCCUUCAUGAAUCGUUCAUUCCACUCUGGUUUCAGCAGUCGUUCGGAUCAUUUAAACAAAGUCUGUGUAUUAAAUUGUUUUUAAAACUGCCAGCUUUCCUUUUAAAUUUGCAUUUUUUCUUUUUUUUUUUUUUUUUUUUUUUUUGUAUAAAUCGUCUCAAAGCAUUUAAAAUAAACUUUAC